UGUUCGCGUCGGGUGUGUGAUACGCGUGGCUGUCGAUCUCCUCUUUGCUGACAAAUUCACGUGCACUUCUUCUAGGUGACCUGUGCGUGUGUGUGUGUGUGUGUUGAGUGGUGAGGUUUAUCCCAAGUGGGUUUUCGUGCGCCCGUUACAUACUGCUACUGCGCGAUUGGUUGCGACUGCUGCUGCGAUAGCAGUGCUGAUGUGCGGCGGAUAGUGGAAGCUAUUUAUCUAUGCUCUGCCAGGAAUAAAGUGGUUGACUUUGGCAAUUGCGUUCCAGCAGCGAGAAAAGUUUUUCGGUAUUUUUAUAAAACCAAAUGGUGGUGUGUUCAUCGAAUUUUUGUUUUGAAUGAAGAUCGAUCACUGUUGGAUAACAUAGUGCGUAGUAGUGCGAAUGUUCCUGUUUCUGUCGUUGUAUGCAAAGAGUUGGAACAAUCAGUCCGACUAGAAAGGACGCGAGGAUCUUGGAUAUAAUUUUCCGGAAAAAAAGCAUGGAACUGAUAUAGACGACGAUUUAUUGGCAGCGCGGGUGAUAAUAAUUGCAGUUCCGGAAAACAUAAAGUAGACAGCGGUGAAGAGAGUUGACCUCCUACCUUCCAUCGACAACCAGUGACAAGAUACGCUUCAAAAUUUUAACGGAAAACACUAAAGCACCCCCUAGGGCUGUCGCACUGGCGUCCUACUUGGGGGACGGAUUUGCGGCAGUGGGUGCCCGGGCACCACCGGCAAAAGAUCUGAUGGCUUUCGGUUCUGUGCUACAACACAAUCAACACAACAUAGGUCGGAGCGAGCCGCCAUCCGGGGUCGCGGACCCGUGUGCCGGAUGCAACAAGCCAAUCCUAGACAAAUUCCUUCUCAAUGUUCUCGAACGGGGCUGGCAUGCGUCGUGCGUGCGAUGCUGCGAGUGUCACCAGCCCCUGUCCGACAAGUGCUUCAGCCGGGAAUCAAAACUAUACUGUAGGAAUGACUUUUUCAGGCGAUACGGCACGAAGUGCAGUGGUUGUGGUCAGGGUAUCGCCCCGUCGGAUCUAGUGCGAAAACCGCGUGAUAAAGUGUUUCAUUUGAAUUGUUUUACGUGUUGUAUCUGUAGAAAACAAUUGAGUACCGGUGAGCAGCUGUAUGUUUUAGAUGACAAUAAAUUCAUUUGCAAGGACGACUAUCUGCUGGGCAAAGGACCUCAUUCAUCAUCGAUGACAGAUUCACUGAUGGGAUCGGGUUCGGAGGAUGAAGAUGACGAUGAGCACAUAAGGGCUGGUAUCGGAAUAGGCCCACUCGGGCCAAACGAUGGACCCCUCGGAGCGUCCGAUUUGUCGGUACAGAGUAUGAGCACUGAUAGUAAAACAGGACACGACGAUAGUGAUCAGGGCUCCUUAGACGGUGAUCCCGAUUGUAGAGGGGACUCACAGGCGGAAAACAAAAGUCCGGACGAUGGCGGAGGCUCGAAACGGAGGGGUCCCCGAACGACGAUAAAAGCCAAACAGUUAGAAGUAUUAAAAACUGCAUUUAGCCAAACGCCUAAGCCAACGAGACACAUUAGAGAACAACUUGCUAAGGAAACCGGACUACCGAUGCGUGUGAUACAGGUAUGGUUCCAAAACAAACGCUCGAAGGAACGAAGAUUAAAGCAGCUGACAAGCAUGGGUAGAGGGCCAUUCUUUGGUGGUGCUCGGAAGAUGCGAGGUUUUCCAAUGAAUCUGUCGCCCGGUGGAUUGGAUGAGCCAGGAUUUCCCUACUUCGCAACCGAUGGUAAAUUCGACUUUGGUUACGGUGGCCCACCGUUUCAUCCCCAUGAUGCGCCCUUUUUCCCCGGUCACCCUGGCGCUGGACCAAUGCCUUUCAACGCUCCGGGAGGACCCAUGGACCACUCCGGACCGAUCCCCAUGGUGAGUGACUUUGGUGGUAUGACACCAGAGGCUGCCAACUUCCUCAACCAAUCGAAUGCACCGCCGGGCAAUGCUGCCGCUGGAAACACACCUGAAAAUAUGAUUGGCGGUCCACGACCCGGUAGCCCCGAAUUCAUGACCUCUGGAAAUUUCUCCGAACCUCAGAACAUGCAAAACGAAGGAUUAGUUUGGUAAAAAUUACUGAAUUAUUUUAGCAUUGUUAAAUGAUAGUUAAAUUUAAGUAAUUUAUUUGUUUUUGUUAACUAUUUCUUAAUAAGUCAAGACAACAGAGUGAAUCGAUUUAGAGCAAAUUGUCCUCGAAUAUUUGCAUUUAAACGAAUUUUGUAUUUGGAGCUGCCAUUACAACAACUAUCAGACAGCACCAUAAUGUUGUUUUCAAAUGUUGGUUUGUUUAUUGUUUGCCGCAGACAUAUGACCGCAACAGCAAAGGAGACCAAAACAAUCUGGCGUCAAGCUCAAUAUUGCAUUUUAUUUCUUUCGUAAGUUUUGACAUUGCUAUGUUAUGCUCUAUCACCAGAAAGUGUUUGUUUGCUGAUAUGUUUUCGUUGAACAUCACGCAAAAUACUGAAAGCUGAGAAGAUGUCGUCUUAGAUGGAUUCGAAUAUGCUCGUGCCAAUGAUGAACGCUGGUAUUAUUGUUAAAAUGAUUCGAAAUUAUGUCAUAAGGUCCUGCCUUUACGAAUUAUUUUCAGACAUUCGAGAAUUGUUUACGAGGAUUUCAGUUAUCCUUUUGAACAACAACAUUCAUGGUGAUGAAUCUCUUGAUUUCACUUUUUCCAACCAACAGUCUGUUCCUACUUACGGUUUCUCCGACAAGGCUAUUAUUGAAAUCAGUCCUCGUAUCAGUAUUAUUAAAUAAGAAACAAAAAAAAACUACAAUUCUAGAGAACAGUUUUAGAAUAUUGUAACAGAAACUCGAUGGGGAGAUUUCGAGAAGCAAAUUUUAAAAUCUUGUCUUUUUUGUUAUUUUUUCAUUUCAUUUUUUUCAGACCAGCUUCAAGUUUUAUUAGCUAUUUGUUGAAAAUAUAAACAGAACCAACACAUCUUCCAAAGCGAAGGAGAAAGUGGCACUUUCUAACACAAACAGUAUGCUAGUUGAAAAAAAACCCGAAGGCUAGCCAUCCUAUGAAUGUACAGAACCCGUAAAUCAAUCCAUCAUGGUUUGGAGACGGGGAACUGUGGGGGCAACACCCCCCGCAGCUCCGUCCACAAAACACUCAUGAAUGUUUCGAACAAACUUUACGUUUUAUGUUUAUAGAAUCAUAUCUGUAAAUAGUAUUUUAAUAGUACACCUUUCGUGACAAAAAAGAGAGGAACUGAAAAAACGGAUGUAAAAAGAGUUAAGCCUGUAAGCGGAAAACAGAAACCAACACAAAACACAACGUGAGUGAAUGAGAAAAUUGCGACCCAAUAGCGAUAACGGAGCCUAAACGAGAUGUUUGAGAAAUUAGUUUAAAUUAGAUAAAUCUGAAGCGAAAAAAAUAUCGGCCCAUGAUAAUAGAAUCGAUAAUAACCUGAAAAAAUAUAGAGAAUUAUUGAAAGGAAAAAUAGAAAGCCCAUAAAAAGCUGCUUCUUCUUCAUUUUGACUUAUUUUGACAGAGUAGUAAGACCAUCAUCAAAAAUACGUGUGUAUUUGAAGUGUGGUAGGCAGUGAGUAUUUGUAAUGUACCACUGAAGGCGGUUGUAAAUAAAAGAAGGAUGAAUCUUAUUAGAGCGAACAACUAAAAUGGAAAGAAAUUUGGUUAUGUAUUUAUAUGUCGAACGAUGGUGAAAAGAAGCGUCACUGAGGAGAGAAUAAUACAAAAAGGAAAAUCGUGUUAAUAUUUAUAUAGGGAAAGACACUAUUGAAAUAAUAAAACAGGAAAAUUAA